AUGGGGGCAAAAGGUGAUAUAUCAGAAUACAGACGUAAGCUGGACAAGACACUGACAUCUCAGAACUUGGCAAAUGAAGAAACGCUCAAGACUUUAGUGAAGAAUCAAUUAUUACGUUCAUCAGUGGAUUUGCAACUUGGAGAACAUUUUAACAAUGUAGUGGAAAAAAGAAGCAAAGAAGUGUCUAGUUUUCUAGAUAUGCUGAGGAGUGCUUCUGUCGAUAGCGUUGAGAGGUCAAAAUCCAGUGAGGAAUUGGACAGUGGCUGGAAAAUAAAACAGGACACGGAAGAGUUCCGGGUUAUGUAUCGAGAAGGGCCACAAGGCACUCCCUUUCAUACACUACUUGUUGAAGGCUAUGUGGAUGGUCCGCUAGAUGUUUGUCUGUGUAUAUCAUGGGAGUCGAGUCUCUAUAAGAAAUGGUGGCCUCAAACUGCAAUUCCAACUUUCAAAAUUGUCUCAUCCCAGUGUUUACAAAAACUUAGAACUGGUGAGCAGAUAUCAUUAGUGAGGAUGAAAGUUUCAUGGCCAUUGUCAAGCAGAGAGGUUCUAGUACAUUAUAUUGUAUUUGAAUACUUUGAAGACGGGCUAGUUGUUGUGCUUCUUAACUCGAUCUCCGAUUCAGAGACCAUCCAUAUAAGUACACAUGGUUUCACCCGAGACGGAAUACCUGAGGCGCAGGAUGUAGUGAGAAUUGAUGUAGUGGGAGGCUUUGCAAUACAAAAAGUGACUGAAGAAAGGAGUUACUUCCGGACAAUUGCAAACAUGGAUAUCAAAUUGGACUUUAUUCCUCCAUCGUUCAUCAAUUUUAUCUCAAGGCAGCUCAUAGGUAGCGGUUUCAAGCUCUACAAAAAGGAAGUUGCUUCAGUUUCUAAAGGUGAUGAAGACUUUAGGGAGAUUUUAAAAGACCCACUCUACACUCGCAUUCGCGAGGCUCUUUAUUCGGAGAAUAUAUGUAUUGGGGCUCCUGAGCAAGGACCAAAGAAUGAGACUUCCAUUAUGUCUGAAGAACAGACAGAGGCAAGAGAAGAUGCUCAUAUGGGGGGGAAUAUUCAUAGCAAUGAAAUUAUUGUUGAUCCAAAAUCCGAGGAUGUAGUGGUCAGAGAUAAAAAAGGUCUUUGUGAAAUUGAGGAGAUUGAGGGAGCAGACAUUGGAGAAACUGAAUUAUUAGAUGAGAAUAUCAAGAAAUCGAACAAUCACCUGAGAAAUGAGUUUAGACCCAAAUUUUUGGUUGACAAGAAAAACAAAGUUGUUAUUAGCCCUGAGGUUGAACAAGCUCUAGGAACAUUAGAAAAGGUGAUUUCUAUUUUUCGGGAAUAUAGAUCCAAUCCCGAAACAGGAUCUCGGCCUGGCAUCAGCUGUGAAAAGUUCAUUAAUAUAGAAACUGAUGGUACAAAACAAUCAGUUCCUUCAGAAGUUGAUAAAUUAUGUAGACAAGGCGGGAAUCUCACUGGAUCAUCAAAAAGAAGAUUGACAGAGAUGACUUUGCAUGAGCUCAGGAACAGUUCUGGCAGUCACGGUUCCAGGUGUAGAGGAUCCAAGGAAACUAGCCAUAAUAAGAUAGCACCAGCUUCACCAGAUGAAGGUCAUUUGACGUUAGAGACAAAUCACAUUGCUUUAUAUUCCAACAAGAAUCAAAGUACCGAGGCCACAGUUUUAGAGGCCAAUCACAUUGCUGAAAAGAGAACCCUCAAAACAAAGAACCAGAAGUCGAGGCAUUGCUGCUUGAUGUUCAAUCCUGGAAAGUCGAGGGCUGAAUAA